AUGCCUUUUGGAAUCCUUGAAGAUCGCCAUCUGGAGCAUGUGCCUGGCACCUCGCUCAUCAUUGAACUGGAUCCAUUGAAAGAAGUUGGCGCAGAAGUUGGCGACACGGGUGUGCCACUUAAGCGGGGCACCGGUCGCAACUCGCAUGUCAUCCUGAUUCCUCAGCCCUCUGAUGAUCCGAAUGAUCCGCUGAAUUGGCCACGAUGGAAGAAAGAGCUGCUCUUCUGGCCCAUGGUAUUCUCAACCGGACUUGUCGGAGCAAUAGGUCCACUUCUCACCCCCGGAUUUGUUCAAAUUGCAAACGAAUUCGGUGUCUCGGUCGAUAACAUUUCUUCCUCUCUCAAUGGUUCAUGCAUCGUUGCUAUCGGCAUAGCAAUGUUUCCCAUGGCGACCUUCGGUCAAAAGUACGGCAGACGCCCAGUCUUUUUGCUUGCCGCCGUAGCGGAGUUCGCGACUUCCAUUUGGGCUGCCUUGUCCACAAGCCUCACUUCCCUUACGGCCGCUCGCGUCAUACAAGGAGCCGGGAUGGCUCCUCUAGAAGCACUGGUGACGGCAACCAUUGGCGAUGUCUUCUUCGUCCACGAACGCGGCUAUCGUCUUGCCGUUUGGGCCUUCGCCAUCAAUGCAGGAAUUGCCGUCGCUCCCAUUGUAAAUGGGGCACUGAUCCUACAUAUCGGGUGGCAGUGGUGUUUCUGGAUUAUCGCCAUCUUAUUCGGCAUAUCCUUGAUACUCAUGAUCGCCACUUUCCCGGAAACAUCUUACAAGCGUGAGGUACGGCCGCGUAUGGUGCUCACGGAAGAACCGCAGUCCCCCGUUGAGGACGAGAAGAAAGACAUGCCUGACCCCGAUUCAGACAGCUCCAACGAAAGACUUCCGACAGGCGUACCUACCUUCGUCUCCGACCCGACGAGUUCGUAUCCUCCUCGUCGUACAUGGAUUCAGGAUAUGCGGCCUUUCAGCGGCGUGUACGACCCACUUCCGUUCUGGAAGACACUGCUCAGGCCCCUGCCAUUUUUCCUUUCACCUGUCGUGAUUUGGGGCACGCUAGCAUAUGGAUUCACGACCGCUUGGUUGGUGGUAUUGAGUGUGACGGAGUCGUUAAUCUUUAGCUUGCCGCCAUACUACUUCGACAGUCAAUCAGUCGGCCUUGUGUCUAUCGGCGCCCUCAUCACUGGCAUUCUCGCAGUGUUCAUAUCCGGCCCAAUAUGCGACUGGUGUGCAACCGGCAUGUCGAAGCUCAACGCGAAGUUCCGCUUGCUCCUUGUCAUUCCUAUGAUCAUCCUUGAGGUGAUGGGAUAUGUCGUGUGGGGUGCAGUACAGGCAGAGGGCGGCCCUUGGAUUGGCCCAGUCAUCCUUAUCGCGUUAAUCAACUUUGGUCAAGGGCUCGGAAUUACCGGGAUUGUCACUUACGUGGUUGAUGCUCAUCGUGGUCACAUCCCCGAAGCGUUCGCAGUGAUCAACUUCAUCAAGAAUAUGCUCGCUUUCGGGACGACGUACUUCGUGAACGGCUGGGUCGAGACCCAAGGAGUAUUCAACACGCUCGCCACACUGUCGGGCCUAGCGGCUGUAUGCCUCGUACCGACACUCCCGAUGUACAUAUUUGGCAAGAGGGUGAGGAGCUGGAUUCAUCGGCAUCCUAAGCUGUUCCUUCGGGAGUGA